UUCAGCCUCGUCGCCCACCCACUUGGAGGAUCUCUGCGCCUCGGAGCUGCUUCUGCGUUUCUGGAGCUGGAGAACGCGGGGAUUGUGGCGUUCAUGUCACCCUCGGGUCUAAAGAGACCAGAUAAAAGGGUCCUGUGCUGGAAGGGAAUCUAAAAUGAAGUUAUGGGACGUGGUGUCUGUCUGUGUGGUGCUCCUCGACGCUAUCUCGACCUUUCCUCUUCCCGCUGGUAAGACGCUUCCUGAGAGGGCCCGCUCUGUGCUCGAGGGAACUGAAGAAGAGCUCGCCUCCGCCGUGCUGCUGACUCCCUACGCUGGCCAAAUGGACUCCAGUAUGCCUGAGGAUUAUCCCAAGCAGCUCAGUGAUGUGGUGGAUUUUAUUCAAACCACUAUAAAAAGACUGAAAAGGUCACCAGAUAAACCAGUUCAGUUUUUCUCUAAACGGGAAAGAAACCGUCAAAAUGCAGCAAAGAAUACCAAUAAUUCCGGCAGCAGAAAGGGACGGAGGGGUCAAAGGGGCAAAUCGCGGGAUUGUGUCUUAACUGAGAUGCACUUAAAUGUGACUGACUUGGGUUUGGGAUACAGUACCAAAGAAGAACUGAUCUUCCGGUAUUGCAGUGGUUCAUGUGAGACCUCUGGAACCCUCUAUGACCAAAUUUUAAACAAUUUAACCCAAAAUAGAAAGUUGGUCAGUGACAAAAUCAGACCACAGCCUUGUUGCAGACCCAUUGCUUACGACGAUGACGUUUCAUUUUUGGACGAUGACCUAUCGACUUACCAUGUACUGAGAAAACAUUCCGCUAAAAAAUGUGGAUGCGUCUGA